GUUUUAAACACAGUCCGUGUUAAAAUGUUUAAACUCAAAUCAACCCUGAAGUACAAAAGUACAUUCUUUCAGCUCAGAAGCCGCGCCCCUCUAUCUCCGCCAGCCAAUGAGGAGUGGAGGAGGCUUGCCUCAGAAAUAAAUUGGAUAUUUUUAUGGUGUAUAUCUGAGAAGCCUCGCAUCCGACAUACGCGCAGCUGCACAGACCGGACCUCUGGAAUCUACGUUUAUUUUGUGUUUCCUACCCACCGAGUUGAGUUAAUAUAUCAACAAAGGGGAAAAACAGACUCUAAUCUCGCCGACCGUUAAACGGUUAUGGGAUCGCAGCACCGUAACUUCCAAUUCAUAAGAGACCUGCUUACCUGGAGAGAAAAGAGUGAAGAUCGAGCGCUUCUCCUUGCUUUAGUUUCUCCCGUGCAACCGGAUUAUACGGCACAAGACACUGGGAAAUAUACUGGAUGCUGGAAGGAGUUGUGGACUUCAGGGGUUAGGACAUCGGACACCUGGACGAGAAGGUGAGGAAAGUUUGGAGAGAAUGUCGAAUCGCAGGGUGAAGCAUGAACUGCCAGCGUACUGAUUUUAGACUGGCGUAUCUCAUGAGUCUAUGGGUGUGUGUUGUACUAAGCCUUCACUGCUGGGCUAUAGCCCCUGUGUCAGCCUCCCAUGAUGCCGCUGGUCCAUUUGGGUGGCUCCUUUCAGAUAAAGGGCCUUUUCAUCAGUCGCAGGAAUUCGCAGAAUUUGUGGAGCGUUAUCAACAAGGCUUCACAACCAAAUACAAGAUUUACAGAGAGUUUGGGCGCUGGAAGGUGAACAGCCUGGCUCUGGAGAGAGAGGAAAAUGGCGUGGCUCUACCCCUCGAUCCAGAGUUCAUGCAAACCAUCAGGCAGCUGGGCCGCAGACCCACCCUCAGUGCCAUUACCGAGAACAUCAUCAGGAAAUAUGGCACACACUUUCUGCUUACAGCUACACUUGGAGGUGAAGAGGCUUUGACUAUAUUUGUGGACAAGAGGAGGCUGAGCCGCACGACAGACCUGACUGACUCAAAUGGCACGGCCGUCACUCUGGAGACCCUUCACCAGCUGGCAGCCUCCUACUUCAUAGACAGAGAGAGCACUCUGAGAAAACUACACCACCUCCAGAUCGCCUCCACUGCCAUCAAGGUGACUGAAACAAGGACAGGCCCUCUUGGAUGCAGUAACUAUGACAACCUCGAUUCUGUCAGUUCUGUUUUGGUUCAGAGUCCUGAAAACAAGAUUCAUCUGCAAGGACUUCAGGCUAUUCUGCCAGAGUACCUAAGGAGCCGAUUUGUGGAGGCAGCUCUCAGUUACAUCGGCUGCCACUCAGAGGGCGAGUUUGUGUGCCGAGAAAAUGACUGCUGGUGCAAAUGUAGUCCUGAUUAUCCCCAAUGCAACUGUCCAAGUGAAGACCUGAAGGCCAUGCAGGACAGUCUAAAACUCAUCAGAGAGUCCUGGACGCAAGCCAACCAAGACUUUCAAGAGUCUGAGGAGUUUCAAAAUUUUGUGAGGAGAUUACCAACAUUUUAUGCCCUGAACACAUCUGCUGUGCAGUACGUCUGGAAGAUGGACCCUGGUGUUCAGCAACGCUUUCAACUUUUGGAGACAGGCACUAAACAGCUGCUCGGCAAAGCACAGCGGAUUGUCAGCAAACUCUUCAAACUAAGCAAAAGGUGUCGAACUCAACCCAAAAUAUCCUUGCCCAGGGAGAGGUCUCCCAGCUAUUGGCUAAGGUACAUCCUCUCCAUCAUGUACUGCAGUGAGAACAAUCAAAUAGGCUCAUACAUGGAGGAAACGCGGACCUGCUCCUGUCAUUAUGAGCACCCGUCCUGUCAGGGUGUCAUUCCCUGUUAUGUGGGAGAUGGUCCUCACUGUGCCUCCUGCUCUUACGAGAAUCGCUCCCGGUGUGCCAGUUGCAAUCCUGGCUACAUGCUGAGCCAAGGGACCUGUAGGAAUACCAUUCCAGAUUCCACCGACAACUACAUCGGUUUUGAGACAGACCUUCAGGACACCGAGCUGCGGUACCUUCUGCAAAAGAAAGACGGGCGGAUCAGUGUCCACGCCAUGUUCAUAAGCAAUGACGUCAGACUGAACAACUGGUUCGAUCCGAGCUGGAGGAAGAGGAUGCUGUUGACGCUGAAGAGCAACAAGUUUAAAUCUAGCCAUGUUCACAUGCUCCUGGGGAUCUCCCUGCAGAUAUGCCUUACUAAAAACAGCACCCUGGAACCUAUGCUGUCCGUCUACAUCAACCCAUUCGGAGGUAGUCAUUCCGAGAGCUGGAUCAUGCCCAUUGACCAGAACAGUUACCCUGACUGGGAAAGGACCAAAUUAGACAUCCCACUUGACUGUUAUAACUGGACCCUGACUCUGGGUAACAAAUGGAAGACCUUUUUCGAGACUGUGCACAUUUACCUGAGGAGCCGCGUAAAAACCACGUCGGCUCAGGGGAACGGCACCGUCCAUUUUGAGCCGUUGGAAUACAUGGACUCGUCCCGUAACCUUGGCUACAUGAAAAUCAACAGUAUGCAGGUGUUUGGAUACAGUAUGCACUUUGAUCCGGAGGCCAUCCAGGACUUAAUCCUGCAACUGGACUACCCGUACACACAGGGCUCGCAGGACUCGGCCCUGCUGCAGCUGUUGGAGAUCAGAGAUCGGGUGAACAGACUCUCUCCGCCGGGCCAGCAGCCUCUGGAUCUGUUCUCCUGCUUGCUACGCCACAGGCUCAAACUUUCCACCACAGACGUGGUCCGAAUCCAGACCGCUCUUCAGGCGUUUAGCGGCAAGCAGCCCAACUCAAUGGAAUACGAAACUACCAAACUAUGUAGCUAAUAAGUCACUGCAAGGUAGCAGUAUAUUUGUUGUGAUUUCAUUAACAGUAGUUGAACGGCCAGGUUUUUUUUUUUAAAUUAAAGAAAAACAUCGGACUCCUAGUGGGAUGCAGUGAUGGUUCAGGUUAUUUUGGUGUACUGAUAAAAUUGGCUGCUUCAAGAAAAUGGCCAAAAUUUUGCCUUUUUACAAUAACUUGCAGCUUAGUGAGCAAAGUGAUGACUUUGUAUUUUACUUUCAUGUCACAUUGCCAAAAUUACUGUAGCUUCAACAUCAGUACUGAUAAACAUACAUGAACGUUUUCUGGAAACAGUGUCUUAAUUUUUCACGUUUUCACCUUUUUGUUCUCUGUAUGCUAACAGAGGCAGAAGAUCCAUGGUGAGCCAAAUCUUGAAAGUGUAAUCAGGCGUCUGUGCCUGGGGAAAAUUAAGACAUCGAAUUUAUAAUUUUUUCUAUUCUGUCUGUCAACACUGUAACUCUCAAAAAAGUGUUUGUCAGAAUAUGAAUGUAGAAGGAGGAAAUCGGUUUAAAAUCACAAAACGUAAGCAAGGAACUAAUAUAUUCUGUUUCAUGUACAUUUAUUUUUAUAAAAUCUAUUAUUUGUGACAAGUUACAAAGGUAAUGUCCAUAAAAUGUAUAGAACAUGAAUUUGGUAUUACUCUAAAUAAAAGUCAUUUUUAUGUGGCGUCUGUAAA